AUGUGGAAUCAACCCAAGGAGCGCCAUGUGGAGAAGCAGAGGCUGAAGAGCAGGAAGAAGAACUACUCUCUGAAAACCGACUGGAGCCGGCCCCUGACAAGGCCUCUUUUCUUCGGCUUUUUGGUGAAGACACCGGUCGUCUUGCCACCAAAAGUCUUCUCUGCUCCACCAGUGCCGCAAUCCAGUCUGACCUCUCACUGUGAAUCAGUUGCACUUCCACUGAGCACGUUCAAACAGAACUCUCCAUAUAAGCAUUUGUUGGCUUCUCCCAUCUCAGCCAUUGCAGGCCUUGGUGGUUCAAAUUGUCCCAUUUCAACUGCCUGGGGCCUCUCCACCUUAUCUGAUGGGAAGUCCCAGCAAGGACACCUUUCCCACUGCACAUCAGAGACCUCACUCUGGAGAGGCUCCACAAAUGGGCAGGUGGAGGCUGGUAGCCCCUUUUUACUUAGCACUGAUAACCAGAAGCUCCUGGAAAUCCAAGUCACAAAUGGAGUCAAGAUCAACAUUUGGGAGGAAAAAGAAAAAGAUGCAUCAUUUCCAGGACAAACUAGCCCAAAAUACCACUUAAAAUCUUUGGGGACUAUCUUAAAGUCACAGAAUGCUGAGCAGAAUACCACACCUCCCAACUUCUGGAGCAUGGAAAAUAAACCACAACAGCUGCCAAGUCCUGAGAAACUCUCCUAUCCCAGCAUCUUGAAGGAGCAUUUUCAACAGAAAUAAAGCCAGCUUUUCUGGGGUCUUCCGUCAUGACACAGUGAAUCUCUAGUCACUACUGCCUGGCUCUCUGAGACAUCUUCCACGCUGCAGCCUCCCUCCUAUUUAUUUAGUGGAAUCUCAAACGUCUGCCCAGUUUCAAUGCAGGCUAAAAUGUCUCCACUGCUGUCCCACCUGGAGUCCCAAUCCCAAACCUUGACUUCAUCUCUGUCCCAACUUGAGUCUCUAUCUCUGAUUCAAACCCAGGCCCAUCUCCAGACCUCUUUCCCACUUCGAUCAGCUGCUUCCCCACUGCACAUUAAUGAUGAAGAUCACAGAUCUCCAGAAGUCUUUAGUGUCUACUACCACCUCUUCCAGGACAACUUGACAUCCAUUCUUCCGGAGAAUUUUCCAAUCAGCCCUCAGCUGCAGAAGCAACUGCAGCAACACAUUCAAAAGUGGCUCAUUCAACAGCAACCAGACCUGGGAAGAACCCAACAGUCUCUGGAUGUGCCCCUUCAGGAAAAAUCACCAGAGACCUGUCAGGAGAAGGGCAUACAAAGACCUUUGUCUUCUUUGUCCAUGGCUGGAAGCAACAAGGAUAUCCAAAAGUUGACAAUCCAUCUUGAGAAGGCCCCGGGUACAAAUCUGGGGAAAGCUCCAAAAGAGUUGUCUAGCAGCAUUGAGUGUUCCCCCAUGAAGCCUGUAAGGGUAAACUCUGAGAAUUAUGAGAGGGACUCAAUGACAACCUUGAGGAGAAACUCAGGAAAGGUUUUACUUGCAAAUGGAUAUAAGAAUCACUUAGAAAAUAUUGUGAAAGCACGUAUGGACAUGUCAAGGCAGACCAAUCAGGAUCCAAUUCCUGUGAGUGUGCAUCAAUCCUGGCAGCCUCCUGCCCAUGGUUAUUCUGUCUCUGACACCCACCUAGAAAAUAGAAAUGUUCCUGGCUCAAAAAGCUGGGACAUCUAUCAGGCAAGACAUGCCAGUGGUGUGCCCUCAGCAGACUGGAGAGGCCUCAUGAUCCCCCCGUCAGCUGAUCCUGUCUUCCUGAUCCUGUCUGUCUUCUACUUCUUGGGGGCCAUGCUUGAUGGCUGGCGGCACUUUCAGCGAAUCCACCACAGGCCCCUGGGGAGAGCACUGGCCUUCACCUUCAUUGCACCACGACAGCUUUCCAAAGUCUGUAAAAGCCUGCUUUCCUCCUCUGUGAUAACUGGAAACCUGAACAGUGAACUUCAGGAUCUUGUAGCACAUAUUGCAAGGUUUUGGGUGAAGCACAGAAGGGGCUUACCUCUCAAGGUCAAAAAACCCAUAAAAAUCCUUAAGUUGAAGAAAGCUCAGUCCUUGCCCCUUCCACAGAGUCCCUCUCGCCCUGCAGCCACCCAUGAAUCAGAGCCCAACUUCUUGGAUGAGCCUCAGGCAGUUAUGAGGAGGGUGACAACAGAAGAGUCAUUCACCAUGCCAGCAAGUCGUUUUGUUCACUCUUCUAUAUAUAAGGAAAUCCAGAAGGCCUCGCAAGGGACCCCACCUAGUCAUGACCAUGGGGCCUCAGAGUCCCCCCUUCCUGGAAAGGAGAGCAGGCAGCCUUCUCCGCCCGACACAUUCAGCCCCAUGGGCAGAACCCAGCAGAGCAGAAACUUAGGAUCUCCUAUGAGGACUGAGGAGACCAGGGCAUCUGUGCCACAAUAUAAAAUCAUCUUGGGACCCAGUAUGCCAUCAAGCCUCCACGUCAAGAAUGAGAAUGAGAAUAACUUAGAGGCUCCCAGAAGCAGUAGAAGCCCUGUACUCCCCACAAUGGCUUUUUCCCAGGUUCCAGAAGAGCUCUGCCUUCUGGCAGAGGUCGAUAGUGAGUUUGAGCCCAGAGGGGCUGCUAAGUCAGAGACUCAGCCUAAUGUCUGUGGCACCGCAGUCGUCCUUCCAGACCAUUACAUUAACAUACUUCUUGAUACAAACAGUUUGACUUCGCAGGAGCCCCAGAGCUACCUCCAGAGUGUGCCUAUGGAAGGUAAGACAGCUUCCCAGAUACUAGGUGAGUUCAUGGCAGCCAGGAGGAGGAGCCUGGGGCUGCAGGAGCCCAAGACCCACAAAUAUUCAAGCAAGAAUCAAAGCAAGAUGUGUGCACCUGCUUACAAGAGUGAGUGCAACAGGAAACUUAAUGCAGACAAGAAUAAAGAGAAGUUUGGAGAAUUGGGAACCUGCCAACGUAGCCAGGCCAGGGGAACAGAGGUUGCCCCUCAGAGUCGAAACUAUCAGCUUUUGGCAAAGAGACAGGUUCCUCCGAGAACGACAUCAGAAAAGGCAUUAAGGAAUUUUUUUGAAUGGAUUAUUUCCAAAGUAAAAGGCAAGCCAGCAUUAUGCAAUACCCAGAUCAAAACCAAGAAAAGCAAACCAUGUGUGGAUAGCAACACUACGGAAGCCCAUGGGCUCAUGUCAGCCAUGGGACAGAUGCUAGAAGAGAAAAUGAUGCUACACCACAAAUUUUAUGCCUCGAAGACAAAUCAGCACAACCAAGCCCCUGUCUGUCCAUUUGCCUGCCACUAA